AUGUCAAGCGAUCAAGAUGCGACCACUCGAGGUCGCGGUCGCGGGCGCGGGCGCGGACGCGGACGGUCUACCUGGAGAGGUGGCAGAGGUGGCGGACGCGGAGGUUUCUUCAACGGCGGUCAGCGAUCAGAGGCCAAGCAAGCACUCGCGAUUAUCGCCGGACAGACUCAGGCUGCUCUCCCUUACAUCCUCAACCGCCUACCUAAUGUCAAAGGAGACGAGUCUGAGCUUCUGUCACUGAACACGGAUCUGCCACAGCUCAAGAAGGAAGACUGCCCGGAGCACGCCAAGACCACAAUCAAAGUCAUCAAUGAGGACACCUUCGAGGCCGCUAUAUCUAUGAUGUCCUCGGACGAUUCCAACCAAACCAAGAACCCAUUGUUCAGGCCAGCCGUGCUCAAUCUGGCAUCAGAUACCUCGCCAGGUGGAGGGUGGCUGAACGGAUCAAUGGCACAGGAAGAGGCCUUGUGCUACCGUUCGUCCCUGUCCCUGAGCCUUCACAAGGCGUACUACCCAUGGAACGCCAUGCAAGGCGUCUACACGCGCGACGUGGUCAUCAUUCGGUCAUCUACAGAAAACGGCCACCAGCUUGUCGCGCCAGACACGCCAGUAGACGACCUGCCAGUAGUCAGCGUUCUCAGUGUGGCCGCGAUUCGCCGCCCCAAGCUCUCAGAUGGACAGGUCCUAGGGAGUGGAGCAAAGAGAAAGAUCUUUGCAAACAAGGAAGACAGGGAUUUGACAAAGAAGAAAAUGACUCUAGCGCUGAGGAUGGCGGCUUCCAGGGGACACGAUCGCCUUGUGCUGGGUGCGCUGGGAUGCGGCGCUUUUAGGAACCCGGUUGAAGAGGUUGCGGAGUGCUGGAAGGAGGUUCUGGAGCAGGAUGAGUUCAAGGGUGGAUGGUGGAAAGAGGUAUGUUUCGCGGUGCUGGACCGCAAAAACGAGGGCAACUUCGAGGUGUUCGAGCAGACCUUGGGUGGGAUGGAAGUUUGA